AUGACUGCCUACGACCCUUUCUUCGCCUCCAAAGAAGCGCUCCAAGAAGUCAACCCGCCGCCAUACACCCCCAUGGACCCUGAGAUGGAAGUGCUUGAAACUGCACCUCCAAUUUUCCAAAUCCGAGAUGUCCGACCCAAUGACGCUGUUAUUGCUGUCAUGGGAAUGACUGGUUCGGGAAAAAGCACGUUUAUACAGAACUUCUGCCAGACAGCCAUAAUCGGCGAGGGUCUAAGAUCGAUGACUGCUAAGGUAGAAGCCCAUCCAGCGGCAAAGGACAUUGACGGCCGCCGAGUUAUCUUCGUCGACACUCCCGGCUUUGACGACACCGACCGAUCCGACACAGAUAUCCUGCGCGAGAUAGUCAAUUGGCUCAACGUGACGUACGAAAAGGGGAUCAAGCUCACAGGCAUCGUGUACUUGCACGGGAUCCACCUCCCGCGCUUGGGUGGAACUGCCCGGACUAACAUCCACCUGUUCAGGAAACUCUGCGGCGAUGAGUCUAUGUCAUCGGUAGCUCUUGCAACCACGCACUGGGGCAGUGUGGAAUCAGACAGAAUACAGCAACGACAACGCCACAAGGAGCUAAUCGAAACUAACGACUUUUGGAAGGAAAUGAUCGCCAACGGAGCUAAGGACUUCAAGCAUGACCAAGGCAGUCUGUCGGCAUUGAGAAUCGUGCGUUACCUAUUGGAACAACGUCCUCCUGGCGGCAUGGCCUUGACGGUCCAGGAAGAGAUGGCUGGGGGCAUGACGCUAGACCAGACGGGAGUAGGCAGGAUAAUGGAAGAGAAAAUAGACGCAAUAAGGGUAAACUACGAACGACAGAUCAAAGCCCUCAAGAGAGAUCUAGACGAGACCAGACAAGAAACUACACGCAAUGACGAGCGUGUGAGGGAUAUAGAGCAAGAAUUGAAGAAUUUUGAGAAAAGGCUAAAGGCACAGACUGCGGACAAAGAGCGACUGAAAGUGGAAAGUAAGAGGCUCAAAGAAGAGCACGAAAAGGAGCUGCAGAAAGAGGCGGAGAGAGUCCAACGCGUUUUCGAGGAGCGAAUGAGCCGCUUGGAAUCAGAAAAGACAGCCGAGAUUGAAAAGGAGAAGAUGAAACGGAAGCGGCUACUGCAGAAUAUUGAACAGGCAAAAGGAUGUGUAGUCAUGUGA